AUGAUUAAUUCCCUGUGUGGCAGCAUGAGGAGUCUCAAGAGUGAGAUUACAGGGAGCAUAGCGAGUGAGAUGUCGAAUCAGCAGACUACUGAGAUUAAUUCUUGGACAAAACAAGAACAAACCUCAUCAAAUCAGUCCGUUUCUGAAUUGAAGAAAAUAAAUGAAAGUACGACAAACCUGAGUGUUCCAGCUACUGCACUCAAAUUUGAAGUGGACGGACAUGUUGAAAAUCAAUCACCUGAUUAUUCAAUGUGGGAGUCAAUUUUCUCUGAUGAUCAGACGUUACAAGGUGAUUUCAUGGUUUUCUCACCAGCGAGGAACAUGUCACCACAGGCAUCCAGUCUUCUAAUUUACUCUCCACCUCGCAUCUUGUCUCCUCUUGGCCAGAUAUUAGGCAAGCGGCUGAGCCCACUUCACAGGGUUUCCAAUUCUCCAAAUAUUCAAUAUAUGCCACUGGAAAGCCUUUCUCUUUCUGCCCUAGAGAAUAUUCCAUUGGACGAUAAUUUCUCCCCGAUGAAGAUAGUUAGUGGCGAUGGUGAAAGCUCAUCCAAUUGUGCUUUUGAUGCUCUUACAAUGGUGCAAGAAUCGUUGGAUUCCUCUACGUUGCAAAAUUCAACUACGUUUUACGGAUCAGUUAGAAUGGCAUUUAUCAGCCGGGAUCAACUGUACCUGCACAACUAUCGCAACUAUUACACCAGGAAUGGCAACAAGAACAGAAACAAAGAAGUCUCCAAUGGCGGCAGCAGCAACAAGCUCCGCCACUGCAAGGAAGACAUCAACAGCCGCAGCACAACCAAAAUACAAAAUAUACAUAACAGCAGCUUGAUGGAACAGGACGGUGGGCUGCACUUGGUGCACUUGCUUAUUUCUUGUGCAGAAGCAGUAUCCAAAGAGUAUUACAUGUUAGCCAGGAGGUAUCUCCACUAUCUCAAUCGACUAGUCUCGCCUGUUGGUCAUUCCAUACAACGGGUCGCUGCUUGCUUCACUGAGGCCCUAAGCACAAGACUGGUUGCCACCCUAACAAAUAAUCCUAGGACCACCGAUCAAAAUCCAUCCUUUAAUCCUUUUCCUGAUCCCAAGUCUCCAGAAAUCCUCAAAAUUUAUCAAAUUCUUUAUCAAGCAUGCCCCUACAUCAAAUUUGCUCAUUUCACAGCUAAUCAAGCCAUUUUCGAGGCAUUUGAAUCACAAGUGUGCGUCCAUGUCAUUGAUCUUGAUAUCCUUCAGGGCUGUCAAUGGCCCGUCUUCAUGCAAGCCCUAGCUUCCAGGCCAGGUGGUGCCCCAUUUCUCCAAAUCACUGGUGUGGGCCCCUCCCUUGAGUGUCUGAGGAAAACUGGUAGAUCUUUGUCUGAACUAGCGCAUUCUCUACAUGUCCCGUUUGAAUUUCAUCCUGUUGGUGAAAAACUGGAAGACCUAAAACCCCAUAUGUUCAAACGAAAGGUUGGUGAGGUUCUUGCAGUUAACUCAGUUAGCCGGCACCAUUGCGUUCCAGGCAACUGUCUCGGGAAUCUAUUGGCCAUGAUCAGGGAUUUAUCACCUAAUGUAGUGACCAUUGUUGAGGAAGAAGCAAGCCACAAUGGACCUUACUUCUUGGGAAGAUUUCUCGAGGCAUUGCACUAUUAUUCAGCAAUCUUUGACUCAUUGGAUGAAACAUUUCCGCCAGAUUCUGCACAGAGAGCUAAGGUGGAACAAUACAUAUUUGCACGGGAGAUUAGGAACAUUGUGGCUUGUGAGGGGUCCGAGAGGGUAAUCAGGCACGAAAGGCUGGUAAAAUGGAGGAGACACAUGGAAGGAAAGGGAUUCAUAGGCGUUCCACUAAGUGAAACUGCCAUCACUCAAUCAAAAAUAUUGGUGGGACUGGGACUAUACUCAUGCAAUGGUUAUAGACUGACACAAGACCAUGGUUGCAUGCUUUUAGGGUGGCAGGAUAGAGCCGUUCUUGCUGCAUCUACAUGGAAAUGUUGA